GAUGCUCCUUUCCAGUGUCAGAUGUGUCCUGCUAAAUUUAAAAUCAACUCAGACUUGAAGAGGCACUUGCGUGUGCAUUCUGGUGAGAAACCUUACAAAUGUGAGUUCUGUGAGGUCCGGUGUGCCAUGAAAGGAAACUUGAAAUCACAUAUUCGUAUCAAGCACAGCAUGGAAAAUACUCUCAAGUGUCCAGAGUGUGAAUUUCAGUGUGGAAAUAAAACAAGCCUUCGGCACCACAUAAGAACUCAUCAGCCCGAGCAGCCAGUGAAGUGCUCAGAGUGCAACUACUCUUGCUCCAACAAGGCAGCUCUGAAAGUGCACGAGCGAAUUCACUGCAAAGAUCGUCCCUUCAAAUGUGAAUUCUGCAGCUUUGAUACCAAGCAGCGGAGCAACCUGACAACUCAUGUGAGGAAAGCUCAUGGCGACAAAGUCAAGACCAAGAAGCAAACUGUGGAGAAGAAGGAAGGAGACAGGCCAAAGCAAGGUGGCUCCAGGCAGGUGGCCAGAUUGGAUGCCAAGAAAGCAUUUAAGUGUGACCUGUGUGAUGCUUCCUUUGUCCGAGAAGACUCUCUAAGGAGUCAUAAGAAGCAGCACAGUAUGUAUAAUGGAUCUAAAAAUAAUGAACUGGCUGUUCUACAGCUCCAGAUGGAUCCCAGUCGGCAGACCAGUGCCCCAAUUACUGUCAGUCAUCUCCAGGUCCCACUUCAGGCUGCUCAGGUUUCUCCGUACAAUGAGGGAAGGGUCAAGAUCAUUGUGGGUCACCAGGUCCCUCAGACUAACAGUAUCGUUCAAGCUGCGUCAGUGAAUGUCGUGCCUCCUACGUUAGUUAGCCAGAAUCAGGAAGACCUCUCGGCCAACAGCCGCUUGCAGCUGCUGGGCCAAGUCAGUCUGUUGGCACCCCCUCCGCCGCCCAUCUCUCAAAGCGAAGCAGGGCCUGUGGCACAACCAGCAGUUCUCCUCACGACCCAUGACCAAAGUGAUGGAAGCACUUUACAUCAGACUCUGAUUCCUGCUUCCUGCGGCUCCUGUCAGGGUCAUGAGGCUUCAGCAAACCAGGCUUUCAUCACCGGCUCUGGAAUCAGCUGCUCCGACUUGGAAGGCCUUAAUGCUUUGAUACAGGAAGGAGCAACAGAAGUGACUGUGGUUAGUGAUGGAGGUCAGAGCAUAACAGUGUCCACUUCAGCUCCCCCUCCUCCUAUAUUUUCUUCAUCCUCUCACACAGAGGCCCCUAAGCAGACCUAUUCUAUCAUUCAGAGUGGAGCCCAUGCAGCUUUGCUGUGUCCAGCAGACUCCAUACCAGAUUAGUCGCAGAGUGCUAUUACUGAACAAAUUUCACUCUCAGAAGCAGUGCUGAAUUCAGCAGAAAUGCAUAUGACAUAAGUGAAUGCAGGAUUUGUCCUGCAAAGCCAAAUACCUUCCACAUUUUACUUGUCUGUACAUGGAUACAUACAUCUUG